UUUCUGCAUCUAACGUCUGAAACGCAGCAUGUCAGGAGAGUUUGAGAGCGUUGAAAAGUCGCUGGAAAAGCAUCUUCCACCGGGAGAAUUAGCUGAAGUGAGGCGAAUUCUGUAUGGAAAGGAGUUAAGGGCGCUAGAGUUUUCCUCAGAGGUGAAAAAUCUUGCAGACAAGAAGAACUUUGAACUGAAGGGCUAUGCAUUCACUGCAGCAGAGGAGAGUAUGCGUCCACCAAGAAUUGUCCGGGUUGGACUGAUUCAGAACCAGAUUAUCUUACCGACCACUGCACCAAUCCCACAACAGAUUGAGUCCCUCCAUAACAGAAUUUCUCAGAUAAUUGAAGUGGCAGCAAAAUGUGGGGUCAAUGUUAUUUGUACUCAGGAAGCAUGGACUAUGCCUUUUGCAUUUUGCACUAGAGAGAAGCAUCCUUGGUGUGAUUUUGCAGAACCUGCUGAAACUGGAGCCACAGCAAAAUUGAUGCAAGAGUUGGCCAAAAAACACAACAUGGUGAUUGUAUCCUCCAUCUUGGAACGGGAUGAAGAGCAUGGUGAUGUUUUAGCCAAUACUGCAGUGGUCAUUUCAAACACUGGCAAGUACCUUGGAAAAUCUCGGAAAAACCACAUACCUCGCGUUGGGGAUUUCAAUGAGUCUACUUAUUACAUGGAGGGAAAUACAGGGCACAAAGUAUUUCAAACACAGUUUGGCAGAAUAGCCAUCAAUAUCUGUUAUGGCCGUCACCAUCCCCAGAACUGGAUGAUGUAUGGAGUCAAUGGAGCAGAAAUUGUCUUCAAUCCUUCAGCAACUGUGGGAUCUCUCAGCGAGCCAAUGUGGCCCAUAGAAGCAAGGAAUGCUGCUAUUGCAAACAGUUAUUUUACCUGUGCCAUUAACAGAGUAGGAACAGAGGUGUUUCCCAAUGAGUUCUCCUCUGGUGAUGGGAAACCAGCACAUAAAGAUUUUGGUCACUUCUAUGGAUCUAGCUAUGCUGCAGCACCUGACGGAAGUAGAACUCCAGGUUUAUCCAGGACAAGAGAUGGACUACUGGUAGCUGAGAUGGACCUUAAUCUCUGUCGUCAGAUCAAGGACAAGUGGGGUUUCAGAAUGACACAGAGAUUGGACCUGUAUGCAGAAUCCCUGACCAAAGCCGUCCAGCCUGAUUUCAAGCCUGACAUUGGGACGGAGAAGUAAUUGGAUUCAUUACAGAUGAGAAAAAAAAAAUCCUUUCCAAUCCAAUGUGAAUAUGGAACUAAAGUGCCUGGGGGAAUAAUGAUCAUAUAAAAGAUUCAUAAUCAAGCAAAUUAAGUAAAUGAAACCAGAUCACAUAAAAGAAUGUCAGU